AUACGUCAUCAACAUGAGACCGAAAUGGGUGAAAGGUAUCCCGACAGUGGGUGUACGCGAUACACCGGCUACAUGAAGUUGAGGGUCUGUGCCUGAAGAAUGAUGAAUGUGAACAGGUUCGUCGUGUUGUCCAAAUCCGUUCAAAUCGGACAGCGGCUGCUCGCACAUAAUGCGAAAUAUGCCGGGAAAGAAGUGGCUCGUGUUCAGCAGCGAAGGUCCAUUAAGACGCACUCAAGGAACCUCGCGUAUGCCAAGGAUUUGUUCCUCGGUCAGGUGAACAAGGCUGAGGUCUUUCCCUACCCAGAGAUUGGAAAUGAAGAAUUGGACGAGAUCAACCAGCUUGUUGCGCCCGUGGAAAAAUUCUUCAGCGAGGAAGUCGACUCUGCGAAAAUUGACAGGGAAGCCAAAAUCCCUCCCGAGACGUUGAAUGGGCUGAAGGAGCUCGGGCUGUUUGGAAUCAUGAUUCCGGAGGAGUAUGGGGGUCUCGGAUUGUCCAACACCGUGUAUGCACGACUGGCAGAGAUCACCUCAUUGGAUGGCUCUAUUGCUGUAACACUGGCUGCACAUCAAGCCAUUGGACUGAAGGGCAUUCUGAUAGCAGGAAAUGAAGCCCAGAAGCAGAAGUAUCUGCCCAAACUAGCCUCCGGAGAACACAUCGCAGCGUUCUGUCUGACGGAGCCUGGAAGUGGAAGUGAUGCCGCCUCCAUUCAGACCCGGGCGACACUCUCGGAAGACGGCAAACAUUACCUGAUCAGUGGAUCCAAGUUUUGGAUUUCAAAUGGUGAGAUGGCAGAUAUCAUGACCGUGUUCGCCAGGACGGAGGUGGUCAUAGAUGGCGUGAAGAAAGAUAAGAUCUCUACGUUUAUCGUGGAGAGGGCUUUUGGGGGCGUCACCAGCGGCAAGCCUGAGGACAAACUGGGCAUCCGGGGCUCCAACACUUGUGAAGUGUCCUUUGACAACGUCCCAGUGCCAGUGGAGAACGUCAUCGGGGAAAUAGGUGGUGGGUUCAAGGUUGCUAUGAACAUCCUGAACUCGGGGAGGUUCAGUAUGGGCAGUUCAUCAGCUGGAAUGAUAAAGAAACUAAUUGAAAUGACCGCUGAAUAUGCCACAACCAGAAAACAGUUCAACAAAAACCUGGGUGAAUUCGGAAUGAUUCAGGAGAAGUUUGCAUUGAUGGCUCUUAAUGUCUUUGUGAUGGAGAGCAUGGCGUACCUGACAGCGGGGAUGAUGGACAGACCAGGGCUUCCAGACUGUUCUCUGGAGGCUGCCAUGGUGAAGGUGUUCAGCUCAGAGGGAGGCUGGAUUUGUGUCAGUGAAGCUCUGCAGAUCCUGGGAGGUCUGGGUUACACCAAGAACUACCCCUACGAGCGCUACGUCAGAGACUGUCGCAUCCUGCCCAUCUUUGAGGGUACCAAUGAAAUCCUGAGGAUGUACAUCGCUCUCACUGGAAUGCAGUACGCUGGCAAAGUCCUCACAGGAAAAAUAAAGGAGAUGAAGAAAGGAAACAUAGGCAUGGCUCUGGGCAUGAUCGGCAAGAAACUGAGGACCUCAUUGGGAAGUACAGUGGACCUCGGCCUGACGGGGAAAGACGGAGUAGUGCAUCCCAGCUUGGCAGAAAGCGCAAAGAAGUUUGAACAGAAUGUCGACUUUUUUGGUUCGACCGUGGAGAGCCUGCUCUACAGAUAUGGAAAGACCAUAGUGGAUGAACAGCUCAUCCUGAAGAGAGUAGCAGAUGUGCUGAUCCACCUCUAUGCCAUGACGGCCGUCCUGUCCAGAACCAGCCGCUCCAUCAGCAUCGGGCUUAGGAAUCACGACCACGAGGUGCUGCUCGCAAACACAUUCUGCAGCGAAGCUUUCUUCAAGAACAAUUACUGGAUGAUUCAGUUGCAAAAACACUCUCCCGAGAACAACGACGCCAACAUCAAAAAGAUCGCCAGGGAGGUCCUGGAGAACCGAGCCUACGUCUGCUCUCACCCCCUCGAGCGAACAUACUGAGCUCUCCCGUGUGACCGGUCUCCUCUCUUCUGAUUGGACAAUGCAGACCGUUCAAAUUCACAGUUCCAGAGGUUGUGAUUCAAUUAGUACUUACUGGAUGAUUCAGUUGCAAAAACGUAAUUGCAACUGAACGUAAUUGGGUGUGACAUUAGUUGUACACCCAAUUAAUAAAUUAAAAGAUUUAUGUUCGUAGAUACUAUAUUUUAUUAACCAUUGCUUUAAAGAUGACACUUUUGGGGAAAUGGCAUGACGGGAUUCAUUCAAAGUGCUUCUAUGUUUAGUGCUAUAAUAAAACAUUGGCACAAGA